CUAUAAAGGAUGCUGCUGGGAUCCUCAAGAUUAUUAAUAAGGACAUUAGAUUCCUUAUUUAGUUCAUGGGAUGAUGAAGAAAACAAAGAUGAAGUUAUUUCCGAAUUAUUAACUAUUAUAGCUCAAUUUCUUGAUAAACAUAAUACUUUACAAAUAAUACGACAGUCUACGAGUAUUAAUGAUGAAUUAUUUCGAAUUUAUAAUACUUAUAUUCAACCAUCUUCUAAUUUACCAAAAGAAAUUAUGUUUCUUAAACUUCUUUAUCAAUUACUGCCUGUAUUGAAUAAACGAGAAGUUUUAUUAUGGUUAAAUACUUAUUGUAAACCAGCAAUAGAUAGUGCCGGUUAUGAUCUUCAAUUUGUUGAAAGAUCCAGAGAUUUUAUAAAAAGAGUAACUAUUGAAUUAUUUUCAACUGAAGAUCCUGAUUUAAGAAAGGGAAGAGAAGAAAUUGCUUAUGAAGUAAUGAAAAUUAUUAUGAAAAUUUAUAUUGGAAAUGAUGAUUCAGUUUAUGAAAUAAUUAGACUUCGUCCCACAAAUAUUGAAAAAGAUACUCAAGCUUAUGAAGAAAGAUUAAGAUUUAUAAAACAAAAUUGUCAUAGUAUGUUACAAGAUUAUGGAUUAAAAUGUACUGAAGAUUGUUUGAAAUUAAUUAAUGAAUUUUUUAUUAUUCCUAAUCAAAGAUUAUCAGUAUUAACUAUAUUAUCUUCAUUAGUUUCUUCAAAUACAUCUCAAAUUCUUCAUAUUACAAAUAUGGAUUUAUUUCCUAAUAUUUUAAGAAGUUUACUGUAUGAUUUUAGUGAAAGUAUUUUACUUUCUCUGUUAUCUACUUUAAUUAUGUUAAUUCCUCAAAUUUGUAAUAAAGUUGCAAGUUAUUUAUCAGAUAUUCUUCUCAUAUACGUUAGAAUUUCAAAUUGGGAAGAAUUUAAUAAAUAUAUUCAUAAUAGAUUUGAAGUUUUACAAAAAUAUAUUGAUGAUAAAAAUAUUCCAUGGAAAAUUGCAAAUUUUGAUGAAUUAUCAGAAUAUGCAAAUUUUAGUUCUAUAACAACUCAAAUGGAAUUUGAUAUUUAUCAUUUAGGUACUUUACUUUAUGGAUUAUUUCCAUUUAAUUUCAGUAAAUUUUGUCAAGCUCCACUUGGAUAUAUUUUUAAAAGAAAACCACAAUUUAUUGAUACUAAAUAUAUUUCUGAUUUAGGGAAAGAAAUUAAAUUUAAAGGUCAUACUAAUGAUAGAAUAGAUUAUACUACUAAAACUAAAACCAGAAUAUUAUAUCAAAGUUUAUUGGUACAUCCAAAAUUUAUUGACUUUGAUAAAAAUUCUAUGGAAGAUGAAUUAAAGAAUCCUGUUCAAUGGAUAUUAGAUGCAAAUAAUGGAGAUUCAAUAGGUUCAGAAGAAGUUUCUACUUCAUGUUUAAGUUUAAAUCCUGAUAUAUUAGUGAAUCUUAAUGAUUCAGUAACAUUAUUACCUGAUUCUCAACCACCUUUAAAUACUCCUGAAGCUUCAAAGCAGGUCUCUAGAAAGUCUUCAUUAGGUAGUCCCUUAAGUCUUGGAGGAGUUAGUUCUGCAUUAGGUCUUAAUUCUCUUCAAAAUAUUCAAAGAAAAAUGUCAGUAGUACCUACUAAUCUUGUGAUUGAUCAAAAGGAUUCAGGAGGAAGUGUUUUAUUUAAAGAUGUAAAAUUUAAUGAAACUAAACCGGAUAUUGAUACUAGUAAUAUUGAAUUUCAUCCAUUUGAAAAACUGGAAGAACCAAUAUCUGAUCUAUUAUCAACUCAUGAAAAACUUUUUGGUCCACAAUCAAAAUUAAGUUCUACUGAUUUAGCUAGAAAACCAUCUAUUUUAAAAUCUGAAGUUAGAAUACAGAAACCAAUAUCUUCACCUACUACAUCUGUUGAAACCACUACUGCUGCCAUACAUAAAGGAUCUAUUGGUAGUAGUUCAGGAAUAUCUACAUUAAAUAGUAAUAGUAAUAGUAAUAAUAAUAUCUCAAAUGGUAAUGGAUCUGCCUUGGAUUAUUAUCAAAGAGAAUUAUUAUUGAUGAAAAAUGCUCUUGAAUUUUCAAGUUAUAUGAAACAUUUAAAUAAGUUUUAUUAUAUAAAACUUAAAUUAAAGAUGAAUAAAUUAUUAAGAGAAGCUAAUUUACAUUUCCAAUCCAUUGCUCAUAAGAAUAAUAUGGUACAAAUUCAAGAAUUAAAUAAUAAUUUACAAGAUUUACUUGAAGCUUUAGAGAAGCUUCAAAUUGAAUUUAAUGAUAAAAAGAUUGAAUUUGAAAAGGAAAGAAUUGAUUUAACUAAUCAAUUAAAGAGUUUACAAGAAACCAAUGAAAGAUUAAAGUAUCUGUAUGAAGAAGUUACUGAUGAAAAUAAAUCAAUUAAAAUUGAAAUAAAUCAACUCAUGGAAUCUAUAUUACCUCGAAAGGAAAUUGAAAUAGAAAAUUUGAGAAUAAAACUUAAAGAAAUUGAAGUUAGUGAUAAAUAUCAACAACCGAUUGAAAUUAUAGACAAUUCCAUUAAUUCUCAAUCUGAUACAUCAGAAGUUGAUAAGAAACUUUAUACAUUAAAAGAAGAGAUUCUUCAAUUACAAAAUAAAAAUUCUAAAAUUGGUCAAGAAUUAAAUCGAGCUCAUGAAGCAUAUCAAACUAUGCAAAAAAAUUAUGAAUAUAAACUUGCAUCUUCUAAGAUGGAUCUUAAUGAAAAUUUGAAUGUAUUUACAUCACAUUAUGAUAAAAAGAUUCAAGAAUUAUCUACUACAAUUUUAAAAUAUGAAGCAUUAUUAGAAGAUAAAAAUUCUAAGAUAUUACAAUUAUCAUCAUCUAAACCAAUUUCAAUUCCUAUUUCAGGUUCAGGUUCAAGUUCAGGUUUAGGUUAUGGUAGAGUAAUGGAUAAUAGAAUCCCAAUGAGAGUAUCUCGAACUUCUACAGGAGAAUUUAAUGAAGGACUUGAAACAGAAAAGGGUAGAUCUAAUUCAUCACUUGAUCUGGUUUCACCACCACCAUCUACUCCAAAUCCUCAUAUCUUACAGCUGCCUAUGUUUGGUAAUUAUCCUCAUAAUCAUUAUGGUCAACCCGCUGUACCAAUUCAACAACCUAUUGUUAUGAGAGCCAAUUCACUGAAUCUCUUGGGACAAACGCAGCCACCAGCAUCACAACAACAACAACAACUUCAAUCACAAUUACAACAACAACUGCAACAACCUAUAAUUAGAGGUAGAGGAGGACUACAAAAGAGAUCUAAGAAGAUUAUGUAAGUGGUAUACAUACAUAUAUAAUAUAUAUAUAUAUAUAAUAUACACACACAUAAUAUACAUAAUACACAUAUAUAUAUAAUAUACGAUAUACGAU